CCUUCCCCGGAGGCUGGGAAUCCAGGACAGCCACUGGUCCGCCGGGAUCCCACCGCCCUCCGUCACCGCGUCCACUUCCGUCCCCGAAGGAGGCGCCUCCCCCUCGGCUUGCCCCUGACCGUCUCCCCUGUGUCCCGCGGGGCUGCGGCGUUGCCCGCUCCGGUCCGGCCUCCUCCGCGCGUAAGGACAGCGUCCUUCAGGCAGUUGGACGAGCCCAACUUAAACAUCUCCAAUGGCUAACGAAGCUUGUCCUUGUCCAUGUGACAUUGGCCAUAGAAUAGAGUACGGAGGGUUGGGGCAUGAAGUUCAAGUUGAGCACAUCAAGGCUUAUCUCACCAAAUCCCCCGUUGACGCUGGCAAAGCUGUGAUCGUCAUUCAAGAUAUAUUCGGCUGGCAAUUGCCCAAUACCAGGUAUAUGGCGGACAUGAUUGCAGGAAAUGGAUACACAACCAUUGUUCCAGACUUCUUUGUAGGGCAGGAGCCGUGGCACCCCUCAGGGGACUGGUCCACCUUCCCGGAGUGGUUGAAGACAAGAGAUGCCAGAAGGAUCGAUAAAGAAGUCGACGCGGUCUUGAAGUAUCUGAAACAACGUUGUCAUGCCAAGAAAAUUGGCGUCGUGGGAUUCUGCUGGGGUGGAGUUGCUGUCCAUCACGUGAUGAUGAAAUACCCAGAAUUCAGGGCAGGGGUGUCCGUCUACGGCAUCAUCAAAGACUCUGAAGACGUGUACAGUUUAAAGAACCCCACAUUGUUCAUUUUUGCUGAAAACGAUGCUGUGAUUCCUCUUGAGCAGGUCUCUUUGCUGACUCAGAAGUUGAAAGAAAACUGCAAAGUGGAAUAUCAAAUUAAAACGUUUUCUGGGCAAACGCACGGGUUCGUGCAUCGCAAGAGAGAAGAUUGUUCGCCUGAAGACAAGCCCUAUAUUGAUGAGGCGAGAAGGAGCUUGCUCGAGUGGCUGAACAAGUCAGGACCUGAAGAAUUUGGAUGGUAGAGUAAUGUCCUAACUAUGAGUGAAAACCUAGAGCUAUCCAGGCACCAGCUCACAGCUCGGGUAUGGCCUUCCCAGCCUUGAAUUGAGCACAUCCUCUAAAACGAAUAAUUUGGCAAAACCGUGAAGAGCAUGAAAUGUAAACUCAGGUAAAGCCCACCUUAAUUGGACUUUUUUUAAAAAAAUUAAUUAAUUAAUUAAUUAA